AUGACCCCCUUUCCCAACAAGGAGACCAAGACCGUGCAAACCAGAUUGCAUCCCCAGCCUAUACAGCCCUGCAAGUACACCACUCGGCAGGCUUGUAAGCCUCCGGCGCCGACGCAUCGGUUCGCGCCCCCUCCCAACAAUCUCAGGGGCUCUUAUCAUGGAGGAUAUCCGGAUAGCAAGGCUUUCCCCUCACGAACCGUCAAGGUCCCCGGUCUCCAGUUGAUGGCCGCCUUCUCGUCAGCAUCGGACCUUCGUCCGAUCCCGCGAUGUUCUGGUUCCGCCGCUGCCGUUCGCCAAGGAGACACCAAUCCUCUGAUCCUCAUUGCACCAACAGACGAGCAGGGUUCCGAAAAAGCAAUAUCUUGUUCGACUCUACGAGAGGCUUGCGCUAAUAGGUCAGUCGGCCAAUUCGGUUGGCUUGGUGUCAGCUCGGAUGUUUUGGAAUGCCCUCCCGGGGCGCCCAACUCUCAAGUCCCAACUCAAUCCAGGGCUCUGCUUCUCCAAAAACCAGGCACAGGGAACAAGCAUUCUGCAAAUGGCGCGAGCACCUCUAACGACAGCAAACAUUGCGGAGAGUGGGGAUGA